AUGGAAUCGGCCGCAGAAUCAAAGGUCGAUGUGCUCAUCGUCGGAGCCGGCCCCGCAGGCCUCAUGCUCUCGCUCUGGCUGGCCAAGUUGGGGGUCAAGACAAGAGUCGUGGACAAGCGAACAGGCAAAAUUGUCUCCGGUCAAGCGGAUGGGUUUCAAUGUCGUACCCUGGAGAUUUUCGACAGUUUUGGGAUUGGACACAAAGUAUGGCAUGAAGCAAACCACAUGCUAGAAGUUAGUUUUUGGAAUCCAGAUCAAGAUGGCAAGAUUCGUCGCCAUCACCGUGGCCCCAAUACGCAGCCGAAUCUUUCACGGUUCACCGAGUCCGUGCUGCACCAAGGCCGCGUCGAGAGCAUCCUCAUCGAUACGAUCCGAGCGUCUGCCUCUGAUAAGCACCCAUUGAUCGAGAUUGAGCGGAGCGUCAUGCCAACGGCGCUGACUAUUGACGAAAGUUGUGUUGACGACGAAGAUGCUUACCCCGUAGAAGUGACUCUACGCCACCUGACUGAAGAAGAAGCAACCCCAACGCAAAGACUAAGUAAUUUACAAGACGGGCUGUACAGAAGCAACCUGGCGGAGGAUGACACAGAGAGGCUGCUUGCGAAUACGAAUGGGGUUGGGAGAGAGGAGAAAGUGCGAGCCAAGUAUGUAGUUGGAUGCGAUGGGGCGCAUUCAUGGGUGAGAAAGACUCUCGGCGAAGAAUAUCAGAUGAAGGGUGAAUCAACUGAUGCCAUUUGGGGAGUGCUGGACAUUAUCCCUAUCACAGACUUCCCGGAUAUUAGAAGCAGAUGCAUGAUACACAGCGCCGAGUACGGAGCCAUGAUGAUCAUUCCUAGAGAAAAUAAGCUCGUUCGAGUUUACACACAGCUCAAGAAAGUAUCCACAGGCACAGGCCGCGUUGAUAGAUCACAGAUCACUCCGGAUUUUAUCUUGGAGACGGCAAGAAAGAUUCUAAGUCCCUACACCCUUGACUACCACUACAUUGAUUGGUGGACCGCAUACCAAAUUGGACAACGAGUCGGCGAUCGUUUUAGCAAACACAACCGUGUUUUCCUUACAGGAGAUGCGGUGCACACACACUCACCCAAGGCCGGCCAGGGUAUGAACGUUUCCAUGGGAGACACGUACAAUCUUGGGUGGAAACUCGGCCUCGUCUGCAAGAAGCUGCUGCGACCACAAGUGCUUGACACGUAUGAGUUGGAGCGGAAGCAGAUUGCUCAGCAGCUCAUUGCCUUUGAUCACAAGUUCUCCAGGCUCUUCUCAGGGAGGCCGGCCAAGGAUGCCUCGGACGAGGCGGGGUCUUCCAUGAGUGAGUUUCAACAGGCGUUCCGAGAAGCACAACUGUUCAUCACGGGUGUCGGCAUCCGCUACCAGCCCAGCAUUCUCACAUCAGAAAGUGAUUUGAAAGGAGGCCUGCAGGACACUGAGACAGCGUCUCAAGGCCAGGUCAUAAGCGUCGCCGAGUCUGCCGCGCAUUGCCAGCCUGGUAGACGCUUUGCAUCGCAAAUAGUGCUGUCACAGGCAGACGCCCGGCCAUGGGAGCUGCAGCUGCAUCUGCCUUCAGACGGCCGUUUCCGCGUCGUCGUAUUCGGCGGGGACAUCUCGCAAGCCACGCAGCUGGCCACCGUCAACAAGCUUGGGGGCUGGCUCCAGGCCAAUUGGAUGACGGACGAGGACCCGUCCAUUGUCGACGUGCUGCUGGUGCACUCGGCGCCGCGUGACAAGAUUGAGAUGCUGCAGGAUCUUCACGACGUCUUCCACCCGUUCGACAAGAAGCUGGGAUGGGACUAUGACAAGGUAUUUGCGGAUAGCCAAGGCAGUGCACACGAGCACUAUGGCGUUGACCCAGAAAGGGGGGCCAUUGUAGCGGUGCGUCCCGACGGUUAUAUUGGUCUGGUGACGGCACUGCAGGCGGAAGAUGGCUGGAGACGGCUGCAGGUCUGGUUUGACGGGCUGUUGAGGCCAAGUUCGAGCUAA